AUGGCUAAAACUAUGGUAGCAAACUUGAACCUUGGUGAUGGAGACAAGCCAAUAGAACUAAAAGUCAUUAGGAAAUGGUUAUCAUAUGGGGAAAAAGUUGAAUGUUGCUACAUUUUCCUUGACAAAAGUGGAGAUGCAAUAGAAGCAUAUGGUUACCUGGGAGAUAAAGGCUACUUUGAUUCGAUAAUGAGGAUGGAAAGUUGUUACUCUAUAAGCAACUACGUGUGUGAUAAUGGAAAUACUUUCUUCGAUACUGUCCCACACAAAACCAAAAUCAAUCUAGAUUAUAUUGGGAGGGUAGAAAAUGUGUAUGAGGUAGUCAGAACUCAAGGAAACGCAAUUCUGAAACUCAAACUUGAAAAAUUGAGUGGAACAAUGAUUGAGACAACUUUGUGGGAUGAGGUAGCUAACUCAUUUGAUAAAGAAGCUAUCGAAGCAUUUCCUUCUCCAGUUAUUGUUGUUGUUACUUCAAUGAAAGUCACACAGUAUCUAGCACGCUUCGCAGAUGAUACCGCUGAAGCAAAGAUAGUCUUUUUUGAUGGUGCAGCUAAAAUGUUGUUUCAAACAAAUUGCAACACACUGAUUGAUCAUGAUGGAUGCACUGAUCUUUACACAUUUCCUGCACCACUCAGCAUUGUCAUAAGCCAGCCAAAAAUAAUUCAAUUUCGAUUUGCAAGAUUCCGUAGGCUAGGUACUAGAGAAUUUGUGGCAGAUGUUGUUUUUGAAGAUAUAGUUUGUCCACAUAAAGAAAGCCACACACAAACAAACAUUAUCAACCAAUCAACCGCAUCAACAUCAUCAAAAAUAACUCCCACUUCAUCAACUGGUCCUCCAUCUACUGCUCCUGCUACUCAGCAAAAGACUUUCAGGAUCAUCUCACAACAUCACCCAUCACACCAGAUUCUGUAG